AGCUAUGACAGUGAAGGUCGUCUGACAAAUGUUACAUUUCCAACUGGAGUGGUCACAAACCUUCAUGGGGACAUGGACAAGGCUAUCACAGUGGACAUUGAAUCAUCCAGCCGAGAAGAGGAUGUCAGCAUCACUUCAAACUUAUCCUCAAUUGAUUCUUUCUACACCAUGGUUCAAGAUCAGUUAAGAAACAGCUACCAGAUUGGUUAUGAUGGUUCCCUUAGAAUUAUCUAUGCCAGUGGUCUGGAUUCACACUACCAAACAGAGCCACACGUCCUGGCUGGCACAGCUAAUCCAACAGUUGCCAAAAGAAACAUGACUCUUCCUGGUGAGAACGGUCAAAAUUUGGUGGAAUGGAGAUUCCGAAAGGAGCAAGCCCAAGGAAAAGUUAACGUCUUUGGUCGUAAGCUCAGGGUUAAUGGCAGAAACCUCCUUUCAGUUGACUUUGAUCGAACAACAAAGACAGAAAAGAUCUAUGAUGACCACCGUAAAUUUCUACUGAGGAUUGCCUACGACACAUCAGGGCACCCAACUCUCUGGCUGCCAAGUAGCAAGUUGAUGGCCGUCAAUGUCACCUAUUCAUCCACAGGUCAAAUUGCCAGCAUCCAGCGAGGAACUACUAGCGAAAAAGUAGAUUAUGAUGGACAGGGGAGGAUUGUAUCUCGGGUCUUUGCUGAUGGUAAAACAUGGAGUUACACGUACUUAGAAAAGUCCAUGGUUCUUCUGCUUCAUAGCCAGCGGCAAUACAUCUUUGAAUACGACAUGUGGGACCGCCUGUCUGCCAUCACCAUGCCCAGUGUGGCUCGCCACACCAUGCAGACCAUCCGAUCCAUUGGCUACUACCGCAACAUAUACAACCCCCCAGAAAGCAAUGCCUCCAUCAUCACAGACUACAAUGAAGAAGGGCUGCUCCUGCAAACGGCCUUCUUGGGUACAAGUCGGAGGGUCUUAUUCAAAUAUAGAAGGCAGACCAGGCUCUCAGAAAUUUUAUAUGAUAGCACAAGAGUCAGUUUUACCUAUGAUGAAACAGCAGGAGUCCUAAAAACAGUCAACCUCCAGAGUGAUGGUUUUAUUUGCACCAUUAGAUACAGGCAAAUUGGCCCCCUGAUUGACAGACAGAUUUUCCGCUUUAGUGAGGACGGGAUGGUAAAUGCGAGAUUUGACUAUAGCUAUGACAACAGCUUUCGAGUGACCAGCAUGCAGGGUGUCAUCAAUGAAACUCCACUGCCCAUUGAUCUCUAUCAGUUUGAUGACAUUUCUGGCAAAGUCGAGCAGUUUGGAAAGUUUGGAGUUAUAUAUUACGAUAUUAACCAGAUCAUUUCCACAGCUGUAAUGACUUAUACGAAGCACUUUGAUGCUCAUGGCCGCAUUAAGGAAAUUCAGUAUGAGAUAUUCAGGUCACUCAUGUACUGGAUUACAAUUCAAUAUGAUAACAUGGGUCGGGUGACUAAGAGAGAGAUUAAAAUAGGGCCCUUUGCCAACACUACUAAAUAUGGUUAUGAAUAUGAUGUUGAUGGACAGCUCCAAACAGUUUACCUAAAUGAAAAGAUCAUGUGGCGUUACAACUAUGAUCUGAAUGGAAACCUCCAUUUACUAAACCCAAGUAGCAGUGCACGUUUGACACCUCUUCGGUAUGACUUGCGAGACAGAAUCACUCGACUGGGGGAUGUUCAGUAUCGGUUGGAUGAAGAUGGUUUCCUACGUCAAAGAGGCACAGAAAUCUUUGAAUACAGCUCCAAGGGGCUUCUAACUCGAGUUUACAGUAAAGGCAGUGGCUGGACAGUGAUCUAUCGUUAUGAUGGCCUGGGAAGGCGUGUUUCCAGCAAAACCAGUCUAGGACAACACCUGCAGUUUUUUUAUGCUGACCUAACUUACCCCACCAGGAUUACUCAUGUGUACAACCACUCAAGUUCAGAAAUUACCUCCCUUUAUUAUGAUCUCCAAGGACAUCUGUUUGCCAUGGAAAUCAGCAGUGGGGAUGAAUUCUACAUUGCAUCAGAUAACACAGGAACACCAUUGGCUGUUUUCAGUAGCAAUGGGCUUAUGCUAAAACAGAUUCAGUAUACUGCAUAUGGUGAAAUCUAUUUUGAUUCCAAUAUUGACUUUCAGCUGGUAAUUGGAUUUCAUGGUGGCUUAUAUGACCCACUCACCAAAUUAAUCCACUUUGGAGAAAGAGAUUAUGACAUUUUGGCAGGACGAUGGACAACGCCUGACAUAGAAAUUUGGAAAAGAAUUGGGAAGGACCCAGCUCCUUUUAACCUAUAUAUGUUUAGAAAUAACAACCCCGCAAGCAAAAUCCACGAUGUGAAAGACUACAUCACAGAUGUUAACAGCUGGCUGGUGACAUUUGGCUUCCAUCUGCACAAUGCUAUUCCUGGAUUCCCCGUUCCCAAAUUUGAUUUAACAGAACCUUCCUACGAACUUGUGAAGAGUCAGCAGUGGGAUGAUAUACCGCCCAUCUUCGGGGUUCAGCAGCAAGUGGCGCGGCAAGCCCAGGCCUUCCUGUCCCUGGGGAAGAUGGCAGAGGUGCAGGUGAGCCGGCGCCAGGGCGGCGGCGAGCCCUCGUGGCUGUGGUUCGCCACGGUCAAGUCGCUCAUCGGCAAGGGCGUCAUGCUGGCCGUCAGCCAGGGCCGCGUACAGACCAACGUGCUCAACAUCGCCAACGAGGACUGCAUCAAGGUGGCGGCCGUGCUCAACAACGCCUUCUACCUGGAGAACCUGCACUUCACCAUCGAGGGCAAGGACACGCACUACUUCAUCAAGACCAGCACGCCCGAGAGCGACCUGGGCACGCUGCGGCUGACGAGCGGCCGCAAGGCCCUGGAGAACGGCAUCAACGUGACGGUGUCGCAGUCCACGACCGUGGUCAACGGCAGGACUCGCAGGUUCGCCGACGUGGAGAUGCAGUUCGGCGCGCUGGCGCUGCACGUGCGCUACGGCAUGACGCUGGACGAGGAGAAGGCGCGCGUCCUGGAGCAGGCGCGGCAGCGCGCGCUCGCCCGGGCCUGGGCGCGCGAGCAGCAGCGCGUGCGCGACGGCGAGGAGGGCGCGCGCCUCUGGACGGAGGGCGAGAAGCGGCAGCUGCUGAGCGCGGGCAAGGUGCAGGGCUACGACGGCUACUACGUGCUCUCGGUGGAGCAGUACCCCGAGCUGGCCGACAGCGCCAACAACGUCCAGUUCCUCCGCCAGAGCGAGAUUGGCAAGAGGUAACGGCCGGGCCAAGGGCUGCCGGACACGGGCCGGAGGACGACACUGCUGUGACCGCACCAAGACAGCUCUUGUCCUGAAUGACCGGACAGGUGAUCGGCUUUAAAGAAUAUGUUUACAUACGCAUCUCGCUGCACCCCGUGGGACUGGAAGCAUUAAAAGAAAACAAUGAUACAGGGGAGGGGAAAAGGCCUGAACAUUGUGCUCCGGGCCAUCUGUCCCUUUGAGGCAUUGUGUUUAGCGAAGGGGGCAAACAAUGCAUCCAGUGUUUCCAAAUAUGACCGAAUUGUGGACCUUUGCUUACAGGAAGUCGUCUGUGUGCGUAGGAUGUGAUAGAGAUCUCUGCUCAUUUUUAAAUGGGGGGCAAACUUACUGUUCAUAGACAAGCCAGCUGCUUUCCCUGUGCUGCUGUGGAGAAGGACAUGGGCACAGUGACUUCUGCUUCGGCGGGGAUUUAAUCAUGGAUUUUACAAUGCUGAUGUGGCUUGCCUUGGGGAAAAACUGGCAAAUAGAAUCCUUGUCACUGAUAAGCAAAGGAAACCCUGAUUUUUUUGUAAAUUAUGUGAGACAAGUUGUUUAUGGAUUUUUAUAUGAAUUACAAUUUACUGUACAUCAAAUAUUAGUCUCAGAGGAGUUAAUUUAUGUAAAGUGUUUAAAAAGUUUAUACUUAAAAAUAAAAUGAUAAAAACAUG